CCUGGAAUACCUCAGUUUUGUUUUGUUUUGUCAGCAGGGCUUGGUCAUCUAAACACAACACUCUCUCUAAAUUUGCGACAUAUCAAAACACAACUCCACUAACCAGCACUAUUUAUUACAGUCUUGAGGUUUUAGAGAGGGGCAAGUAACGUAACCGUCAAGCUGGCUUCAGUUACACUACUGUAGAAAGAAAAGAAGGAGAGAGAGAAAGAAAGGGAGAGAGAGAGAGAGGAGAGAGAGAGGGGUUGAAUUAAACCAGGUUUUGUAGUUAAAGCCAUUGGAGCAGGAAGGUGAGAGGAGAAGCACAAAGGACAUACACAGGACAGUGAGUUUCUGGGGAGUCCCAACUCCAGGUACGGAGGGCAGCGUUUACUCUGUGCUGCCUGUCAGAUGAGGUGCAUCUGGGCCUUACAGAGAAAGACAACUACAUCAUGUGGACAAUCGCCCAGCUGCCAGAGGAAAGCACUAGACCAUUGAAUCCCAGGCAGGCAGUGGUUCCACGGCCAGGCCGCCACAGAAGGCCCAUGACGGCGACAAAGACUCAGAAAGACAAGGCGUCUAAGGGGAAGAGAGUGUUGCUUACUAUCUUGACAGUUGUUGUCAUACUAGGCAUACUGGCCACCGCAGCAUACUUCAUUAAGCAGUUAAUUGAGAGCAAGUAUUUCUUCUGUGCGCGCUCAGUGAAGUUCAUCCCAAUAGACAAUGCCUGUGAUGGGAAAAAUGACUGUGCUGGAGGAGAGGAUGAAAUUACUUGCUUGUCAAGCUUUACGGUCAACACUACCUUUCCAGUGCGUCUCAUGUCAGACAGGCACGUCCUGCAGGUGUACAGCCCUGGCUCAGGUUGGAGGAGUGUGUGUAGUGACGACUGGACCGAGAAGCACACACAGACAGCCUGUAAUCAACUGGGAUACACUAAUAAACCUCGUAGCACCAGUGUCCCAGUGGACACUUUAAUAUCUUCCCUGAAAACUGGACCAUUCACAGCCAUCAGGCCUGGGACUACGACAACACCCAUACAUCAGGCUACCAUUGACCGCAGUGUGUGCAGAUCUGGAUCUGUGAUAUCUUUGUCCUGUUCAGACUGUGGACAGGUGGGCUCUCAGGACCGUAUUGUGGGGGGUACAGAUGCUCUCAUCGAGGACUGGCCCUGGCAGGUCAGCCUGCAGCAGGGUGGCAGUCACACAUGUGGAGGCUCACUGGUGUCACCGCGAUGGGUAGUGACUGCUGCCCACUGCUUUACAGGCAGUAAAAAGGAGCUGAGUCGCUGGAGAGUGGUGUCAGGCCGGACAUACAUGGGCUCACUGGGAGGCACCUGUGUGGACAGAAUCAUAGUGAAUGGAGACUAUAAUCCGUCAAGAAACGACUAUGACAUAGCACUGAUGAGGCUCUGCAGCCCAAUCACAGUGGGAGUUGCCCGCAAGCCAGUUUGUCUACCUCCUAAAGCCUUUGGCCUUGCUGCCGGAGCUUCCAUGACUGUGACUGGCUGGGGAUACCUGGAGGAAAAUGGUAAUGUUUCUCCUUCACUUCAGAAGGCCACCAUCCCGCUGAUAGACCAGGCUGUGUGUUCCAGUCCCACAGUGUACGGUAGUGCCAUAACCCAGAGGAUGAUCUGUGCUGGUUUCCUGCAGGGGAAAGUGGAUGCUUGCCAGGGGGACAGUGGGGGCCCUCUAGUGCACUUCACUUCCUCUACAUGGCACUUGGUAGGAGUGGUGAGUUGGGGCGUUGGUUGUGCUCGUGAGAGAAGGCCAGGUGUCUACUGCAACGUGGAAGAGAUGCUCAACUGGAUUAAUACAGUCAUUGAGAAAAACCCCUGAGGUCCUCCAGCAUGACAAGCAACCACCACGAGUCUCCAGUCCAGACUACCUCGGACAGACUGUGAAACUAAAAGAAAGAUUUAGUUUCAGCGUGCUUCACCGAAGAUGGGGGACAGAAGGAGAGAAAGGGGAAGUUGAAGAUGCAUCUCGAGCAACACAGAUGAACUGUUAAACCUAGCCAUGCGCAUGAACACUGCACUUACACACACACACACACACACAUAUCACACACACAUACACAUAUUUCAUACAAACUUAUUACAGGUGUUGUUUGUGCCAUUUCAGGUUCUUAUCUCAGGGGACAAAUAUAUUUAUGUAGCUGUCUGUUGCAGGCCAGUUUUGGGGUCUUCAUAGCAGAAUGCCCAUAUGUUGUCUUUCAGUUGACAGACCCACUUUAUAGAUUCAUUGAGUUUUCCAAACAAUAACGUCAGUUACUGUCAAAUGAUAAUAGAAUAUUUGAUCACCGGCACUGACAUAGCAGUAACUGUUCAGUCUGUUUCAGCUGUGAAGAUUUUGUACCCUACCAGACUGUCAGACCUCAGACAUAAUGUACUUGAUGACUAUGUGAUAUGACUUUAGGUGUGCAGCGUUUUAUGAGGGUUUAUAUGAUAAACUGCUGUGUGAAGAAAGGUGUCAUAUGGGGUAAAUCUGUGGCAUACUAACACCAGCAGAAGUCAGUGUGAAGCCUCAGAUUAAUACCACCAACACUGUCAACGUGACCAAUCCAGUUAGUUAAUGCAUUUAUGGUGCUGAUUCAGUUGAGCCAAUUUGUGUCCUUAUUAAAGGGCAAAUGCACCUUUUUGCAGUGCGGAUGGUGUGUUUGCUUCCUACCACAGAGUGAUUGACACGAGCACUUUAAGUGGAAAGUGAGAAAUACUUGAGCUUACUGUUUGUACAGAUAAUUCAAGUAACUAGUCUAUUGAUGCACUGAGGACAAUAAGAUCACAGUUAUAUGUGCAUAGGGCCUCCACACUGAUUCUCAAAGUGCAAUCAAAUACCCAUUGUGCCUUCAGAAAACUUUUCAGAAAACCAAAAAAUAUUCAGGGUGGUGAUCACAAGUUUUUUGCCUUCACAGCUAAAUGCAACUUCCUAAAAUUUAAGAGAGCGAAACAGGGAGUGCAGUAUGCUAAUUUGUAAAAUGUGUGCACUCGGGCAAAACCUCUGCCAUUAUUUGCUUCAUUUUAAAGUGAACACUCCAUUUGUAGCAAAGUGAAAGAAUACAUCAACCUGUAUUUUAUGGUUUAUUUAUCAUUCUCUGGUCUACAGAGACUCAAACAAAAUAAGUGUAAAUUAGCACUUUACAAUUAGCAAUUUACAAAAAAUCUUGCAUUAUACUGUAUAUUAUGAAAUAGCUAGACAUGAAUAGGUUCAAGGUUUCCAUAAAGUAUGGUGAAGAGCUGAGAUAACAUUUGAUUGUAUAUAUGGUACAUGUUGAUUUUAUAUACCUGUAAAUAGGCUGUAAGUAUAAUAAAAACGUUCUGCUUUUACUUGGCCAUUGGA